AUGUUCAUUAAGACUAGAAUCUCUGCUAGUAUGCCUGGUUCUGUUUCCAGCAUGAAAAGGUCAAAGACUGUGCUAAAAGCAUUGAGCUCAAUUGUCACUUCAGACAAGGCCACUAGCAAGCACCCUGAUAAUGAAGCUCUCAUCCCUAAGGCUCACCGAUGUGAAGAUAAUCUAAUGAUAAAAGAAGACUUGGAAGAAUUGCACAUACUUACACGGAGGAAUGACUGGAACACAACUUUUCGGGAUAUUUUUAAGGAAGACCCAAUUGAAAAUUCGAAAUAUUUGAUUGCUAGGAUAUCAAUGAAAGAGGAGACUGCUCUUCCUGUUGCAAUUGCGAAACAAUCCUUUACAUUUGCUGAAGAGCUAAUAAAAUAUAUGAAGAGAAAAGAUUUAGCUAUUAAAAAUAGUGAUGGCAACACUGCUUUUUCUCUUGUUGUUGCUUCCGACAAUGUGGGAUUAGCUAAGGAAAUGUUUGAGAAGAACGAUGAGUUGCCAUAUAUCCAUGGAGCUAACCAGAUGUUACCUGUUCUAGUAGCAGCGCAGCAGGGCCAUAAACGGAUGGUANAUUACUAA